AUGGAAGGACGAAUCUUAUAUAGGAUAAUAGCGACAGUGUCGAUAUUGGGCAUCUAUAUAUCACUCUAUAGGUUGUGUCCUUUAUCGUGUUCGUUGCAGUAUGCGAGCAUCGGUGGCACAACCUUGUACGUGGUGAUGUUUCUUAUGUUACACUUCCCAACCACUAUUCGCAUCUACAAGGAACAUGAGCCUCCUUUACCUCGUACACGAACGCUCUUCUCCGUAAUUCCUAUGGCAGCCAUAUAUUACUUCUCCUUCAUUUACCCAAGUCUGGAUGUUUUUGUCUACGUCUACUCCAUGUUCGCUUUCGGUUUUGCCAUGUUCAACCUCAAUUCUCCUAUGCAAUUUCUACACGUAUGCUGCACCUUGAUCUUUGGAUUUAAUCUUGGUUACACCGGACACUUGAAUGAGAAGAAGAAGAAGACGACUUCACUGAUCUCUCUCUCAUCCGAAGCUAUGGAUUCCAGAGCGAUUCUCGAUUCCGCUUUGUUUCAACUCACGCCUACUCGCACAAGAUUCGAUCUGGUGCUUUUCUGCGGGAGUAAGAAGGAGAAACUGGCGUCUGGGAUUUUCGAGCCGUUCGUCUCUCAUCUGAAAUUCGCCAGAGAUCAGAUCUCUAAAGGCGGUUACUCCAUUUCUCUUCAUCCUCCUAACUCUCACUCCUCUUGGUUCACCAAAUCCACUUUCGAUCGGUUUGUGAGAUUCGUGAACACGCCUGCGAUUAUCGAGAGAUUCGCGACGCUAGAGAAGGAGAUCUUGCAGAUUGAGAAUUCCAUUCAAGCUAAUGAAAUCGCAGCCAAUGCUGCUUUUGCUGAGCAGAUACAAGACGGUAGUAAUGUAAAGAAGUCAAAUGAAUCUUCCAAGAAGGAAUCUGAGAAUGGAAAUGAGGCUGCAGGAGAAGAAACGUCAAAGAUUCAGCUCCAACGUCUUCUUGAAACACGAAGAACAUUGCUUCGGAGAGAGCAAGCAAUGGCUUAUGCAAGAGGGGUUGUUGCUGGUUAUGAGAUCGAUAGUAUUGAUGAUCUCAUCCUCUUUGCCGAUGCUUUUGGGGCGUCAAGGUUAAGAGAAGCAUGUGUAAAGUAUAAGGAACUAUGGAAGAAGAAGCACGGAGACGGACUCUGGAUGGCGGAAUUAGCAGCUGUGAAAGCAAUCGCUCCGGGAGACAUGUCAUUGUUAGGUUCCUCAGGGAUCAUCCUCACCAAUGAAGGUGCUGCUGCUCUUUCACUAAAUGGGACAGACUCAUCUCAUGCAAGUUCUGAAACUAAAGAUGACAAGUCGGUUAAUGUGGACCAACACCCGCCAAGCUUUCAAGCACCGCCAAUGGGAUGGCCAAACCAUAUGCCUCAGUACUACUACCCGCCUCCAUACCAAGGCUAUCCAUAUCCUCCAAUGCAUCCUAUGCAAAACCAAAACCAAUGGCCUUCAAAGGGAAAGGCUUCCAAGAAGAAAGGGAAAGGAGAUUCCGAUAGAGAUGUGUCUAGUGGAACAAGUGAAUCUAGUGAAUCUUCUGACUCAGGGAGUGAUGAUUCUGCUUCUUCAUUGGAAGAUCAUCAAGGUAAAAGACACUCUCGGAGGUCGAAGAAGAACCGGAAGAAGAAGUCGUCUAAGACUGUGAUUAUUCGUAAUAUCAACUACAUUACACCAGAGGGAAGAAACGGAGACAUGGAAGGGAAUGAGUUUACGGAUAACGGUUCCAUCAAAGAGACUGUUGGAUUUCUCAGAGAAAACAAAGCUUAUGAGGCAGAGGUUUCUGGUUCUGGUGAUGAGAUUCUGAAAAGUUCAUCUGAAGUUAAAAGAAGCAAUGAGAAUUGGGAUUCUUUUCAGAACAUUCUGAUGAGGGACGACGAUGUGAAGUCAAUGGAUGUCGUCAGUGAGGAGCAUUCCAUCAUCGUAACGCAGAAACAGAUAGAGAAUGGAGGAGGAAGGAGUUUUGAUCAUUUUGAAAGUGAGGAUGGUGCUCGUAGGGUUACAAGAACGAGAGACUCAACUGAAGAAUGUAUGUUACUGCUAAAGAGAUCUGAAAUGUUAGGAGGAGAUGAGAGCAAAGACAUGUAUAACAAUGGUACAAGUGGUGGAUCUUUGGUGAAGAAGUCAGGGAGUGGAGAGGAUUGGUUUACUACUUCCGAUCAUCUCGCCGGGAAACCGGAAAGCAACUUCGGGAGAAUGUCAUUUGAUGAAAGUUGCAAGAGCAAGAAGCAAGAAUUCGUCGAUGAUUCUUUCAUGGUGCAUUCGUCGUCGCUCACUGGCGAUGAUCUUUACGAUUCUCGGUGGAGACCGGACAUGUCUGCAGAUAUUGCUUUAGCCUCUGACGUCGACAACGGUCAAGGGAAUGAGAAGCGUGAAAUGUCUGGCUCGUGGGAACCGAAUGAUCUUUGUAUGGUUCUUGAACGCAAUUCAGGAGACUCGUUGGCUAAUAAUGAUUGCUCGAUCGACUUCUCUGCUGAAGCGAAUGCAAGGCUAUCGAGUAAUGGAGGAACAGCUGAGGAGAAAGAAGAGAAGACCGAGAAGAAGAUCCCGGAAGCUCGUAAGUCGAGAACUCCGGUUAGAACCAGAGGUGAAACCGUGUCUAAGACUGCGAAGAAACCGACGGUAGCUAACAGAACAAUGGCACAGAAGAACAAAUUUGAAAAGGAAGAGGAGAUGAGGAAGAGAAUAGAGAGUCUUGUUUUGGAAAGGCAGAGAAGAAUCGCUGAGAGAUCAGCCGCGACUGCGACUCGAAAAGCUUCGAACAGAGCUCCCUCUGUUCGUGAAAAGGCAGCAACAUAA